AAGUGCUUCGGGUUGGUCCGCCCCCCUCCGCUCGACAACACUCGAGUCUUCGCGAAGCGUUCAAGUGGAGGAGGAAAAGGAAAGGAGCGAGAGGGAGAGUGUUCGCACUGUGGAGGAAGAAAAGUAAACUAGAGUUCAGUAUUGUCACCAAACCGUAAGCGGGAAGUGAAAGCGUCGACAGCUCGGCUUGUGUAGAGCUAGUUCUUCCACACUCUCAUGUUGUAAACACUGUGGUGUGGCUGUGGCAUUGCGACGUGAGCGACAGAGAGCAGAGGGAAAGGUCUCCUCCCAGUUUGUUGACGGAUAGAGUUUGGCUUCAGUGUAAGGAGACACGGCUAGACCCCGGCCAGUGUUGUAAUUGCCCAGGAUGUCUUCAAAGCCUCACAGUUCCAAUAACACCACCCAUGCCCGGCGGAUGGUGCAGCAGCUGAGAAUAGAGGCCAGCAUUGAGAGGAUAAAGGUAUCCAAGGCCUCUGCAGACCUUAUGAACUACUGCAGUGAACAUGCGAGAAACGACCCUCUCCUCAUGGGCAUCCCUGCUUCAGACAAUCCCUUCAAGGACAAAAAACCAUGCACUAUAUUGUAGUGGAUGCCACUUAGCCUUUAAUGUGUUUUGCUUAUUAAUAUUGCUGUAUUCUGUUUGUUGGAAGGAGUGUGUGUGUGUGUGUGGGGGGGGCACGGCUAUGAGUUCAGUUAACAAUUCAAAGGUGAUUUUCUCAAAGGUAGCUGUGCAUAAAUAAUGAGGUGUUGUGUGGCCGUCCUAUUAGCCUGUAUUUGUUCUCACUGAAACUCUUGACCAUGGCAGUGCCACUGCUUAGGUUGAGCUCUGACCACUAACCAGACUUUGGCUGCAUGAGUUGUGAUGGAAUCAGGUACAAUGUCAUUGACAGCAGAUAUUGUUUUUGAACAGCUCCCUGGUGGAUUGAGUCUGUCCUCUGUAAACAGUCUCACCUCCAUGACCUAAAUGUUAUUGACUCCCUUGCAGCCAAGGUGUCCCUCUUGUCUAUUUUAAGAUGAAUAUUAAUGGCUUCACCAGUGUUUCUACAACUUCUCACCCAGUUUAAAUCACUGAAUUCAAGGUUUACAUCAAGCGUCUACUCAAAUGUUACCACAGUGUAUCUUUGAUUGAUUGGGGCAGUGUUAGACCAAACUAUAAAGUAUUCUGACGCCAUCACACUCUGACCUGUCUACGACAAUCCACUUCCCAUGAAACUGUCCGUCAUCUGCAGUAUGAUUACUAUAAUUCACUGUCGGCUGAUUUAACCAAGCGUCGAGUUCCAAAGAUCUUUAAUCCAAGAUCAUCAUUUAUUCAGAUUCAAGCCAUCGGGAUAAAAUGACCCAGGUGCUGUGAUACUUUAGGUACUUGUGAGAUACAGAGUGUAUGAAGCUGCAGUGAAAAAUGCUUAUAUCAUGUUCAUGUAAGUGCAUAAUAUUUAAUUUAGUGUCAGCUCACAUUGUGUAAAUGAAGAUCUUGGGACCAAUGUAAUUGCAUUUGAAGACAUUUAAAUGUGCAUCUUUAAUAGUUUCAGCCAUUCCUUCUGAUAACUUCUUGGUGGUUUUAAUGUUUUAAGGACGCUGACGUGGCGUAUGACUUUGGCAGCAAAAGUGUUACACUGUGAGCCACGCCCACCUGCUCAACAAAGCAAGUGCUUUUGGUGCAAGUGUUGUAGGUACAGGAGUAUUAAUGAGAAAACCACUCUCCAAGACAGCUCUCUCUUUAAUCAUUCCUUUUUUAAAAAAUGUUCUAUUUUAAACUAUAACACUUGUGUUGGUGUGGGUCUUAAAUCUUCAUAUAGCUGCUGUGGUGAAUAAAAAAAAAAACAAAA